UAUUAUUUUCUAACAAUCUUGUUCAUUUUGUAUUUCCCGGGAUAAUUAACUGACAGCAACAGUGACGGUGGUAAAUUUUUGCAUGCAAUGACGUUUUGUCUAAUGUUUUUAUGGUCCACAAUCACUCAUUAAGCUGUUCAACCCGACCCGUUUUUGCCUAUAAUGCGUUUUCUUGUACCUCAAAUUUCUCAUUCUUGUCGUCUACCAUCGCCGGGAGAAUUUUCCGACCAAGGGGCCAUGACGGAAAGUACUUCUUCCUCCAUAGCUCCGUUGCUUCUCAGAAACUUAUUGACAUCGGCGUUUAUCUUCGCUGAUAAACCCUUCAUUCUCUUAGCAGAAAGAUAUAAACUUCUGGAAACUAUACGUUAUUUCUUGAUUUCAGCUUUUCUCUUCUUUCUUCGCCUUUUACCAUCUUUAUUCCCUUCUCUGAAUCCUUCUGGAGAAAAUUAUGGCUAUCCUUUGAAGCCCAAAAAGGGGGAGAUUUAUUCUCCGGUCGCCGCGAGCGGCCGUGCGGAGUCGGGGAUAUCUAGAGCCUUGACUCAAGUGUUGUCGAUUGUGAAUGAUAUUCCGGUGAGUUCAAGGAAAUAUGAAGUGGUGAGAUCAUUGGCCGAGAGGCUAAUUGAUGAGAAUCUCUUGGAGGGUAACGAAGCUUUGAGGGAAGUGAAUUGCGCCGCUUUGUCUGCGGCUUUUACGCGGACGCUUAGUCAGCUUGAAUCAGCCAUGGUGGCGGAAGAAGGUGGAGGUGGUAGUGGACUUGUGUCUGGUGGGGGCCGAGACGGCGGCGAUUACGUAGGUAAGUUGAGCCGCGGCUUGAGGGCGAUUAGGUAUUAUGGCGACGUUGUGUGGCAGCGCGGUAGGGCGAGGAACCAGAUGAGCCAAUUUGGUUGCUCGGCUGAGAAGCUGGCGGCAGAGUUGCUAUGGCUUGCUCAGAAGAUGGAAGCUUGUGGUUGUGUUGAUGAAGCUGUUUAUAUGUGGGCUUCGGCUUCACAUGUUGCUUGGCUUGCUCUUUCUGCUGAACCGCGGCUUCAGGGGUCUCUUGUUAAGGUUUCAGCUUUCUUAUUCAAACAAUCCAGAGAAAUAGGAAAAAUCGCAGAGGAUGAAGAAAGUACAAAAGAGCAUCUCAGGCGGACAAACAUGAAUAUGCUGAUGUCAUGGCUGCCAUUGCUAUGUCGAGCAAGCAAUGGCACAGACGCUCCAGUCCUGAGUAUUAGCGAAAGGGCUGAGCUUGAAAGAAUAUUAGAGCAGAUCAUAGGGACAUUGGAACAAGAAGAGGAGCAAGAAAAGGUGUUGUCCCUUUGGCUUCACCAUUUCACCUAUUGCCCUUCUUCUGACUGGCCCAACCUCCAUGAUUGCUACACUCGCUGGUGCACAGCUUCUCGAACAAGUAUCAAAAAGGUUGGUUGAUCAAUAACCUGUUUAUUCUGCACAAAAAGGGCAAAUCUAGGAAAGUUCCACUGAAG